AACCUUUACCCGUUUCCACCUUCUUCACCCAACCUCAUCGCCAAUAUCGGAGACACCCCUCCCCCCAUGAGCAGCCACGCAGGAUGCUCCCCAACACUACCUCCCACCUUCCCAUGCCGAUGGGACCACUGCAUGAGGGCCUUCAAGCGGAACGCCGAUCUCAGAAGACACGUCGUGACCGUCCAUGUAUCGCUCAGGGACCAGAGAUGCACGCUAUGCGACUAUAGCUCCCCGCGGCGAGAUCACCUGCAGGACCACCUGCGACGCGCGCAUGGGGUGGUGGUGCCUGUUCGCGCCCAGACUGGGAGGACUCCUAAACAAUAACCCAAAUCACAAUCCCAUACCCACCAAACCAGAUAUUUCUUUGCCGGCCCCAGAACAGAACAGCAUUACUUGCUAGGCGCAUAUGACCGAUCCCCUCACGCAUGCCAA